AGAUUUUGUUUACUUCUGAUCGCGGUACUUCUGAUUUUAUUCAAAAAUUAUUUACUAUUUAAUUUUACUAAAAUCCGCUAAAAUCAAAAGAAAAAGUCUACAUCAACAAAAAUGGAUAUUGGAGAACUUCUUUCAUUCAAACCGGAGCAGACUCCGAAACGCCCUUCAGAUUUUGAUGAAGACGACGAAGAUUCGCCGGAAUACAGACCAGUUGCGACUGCAGAACCACCCCCAAAAGUAAGAAGAGAAAAUACAUCAAACGCACGCGAUACACCGCAAGUGUCUCAAAAGGAACCGCAAAUUAGUGAACAGGAACGACUUGACAUUCUAAAGUAUGUCGAAUCAGAAGAAGCUGAAGGAGAAGUUUUGGAUGAGGCCAGUUUGAAGAAGAUUUUGCUGUUAUUCGAGAAGAGGGUGCUGAAAAAUCAGGAAAUGAGAAUAAAGUUUCCCGAGAAUCCUGAAAAAUUUAUGGAAAGUGAAAUCGAGUUGAAUGACGUGCUACAAGAACUUCAUUCGGUGGCCACCGUUCCAGACUUGUAUCCUCUGCUAGUGGAGUUGAACGGCGUUUCCAGUCUGCUGGAACUUUUAUCUCAUCAAAAUACGGACAUAAGCGUUGCGGUGGUAGACUUGAUUCAGGAGCUAACGGAUUUGGAUAUUUUGCAUGAGAGCUUAGAUGGUGCCGAAACCCUUAUUGAAGCAUUGAGGAAUCAACAGGCGGCUGGCCUGCUGGUCCAAAAUCUAGAAAGAUUAGAUGAGACUGUGAAAGAGGAAGCCGAUGGUGUUCACAAUACUCUUGCUAUAUUCGAAAACUUGAUGGAGAUCAAAUCCGAAAUUGCUAAGGAAAUAGCAGAGCAGGGACUGAUGCAGUGGAUCUUGAAACGGUUGAGGAUGAAGAUACCGUUCGAUGUAAACAAGUUGUAUUGCAGCGAAAUUUUAUCUAUACUUCUACAAGACACCAACGAAAACAGGAUCCUGUUGGGUAAUUUGGACGGAAUAGAUGUUCUUCUGCAACAAUUGGCCGCCUACAAACGCCACGAUCCAUCGUCAACAGAAGAACAAGAGUUCAUGGAAAACCUUUUCAAUAGUCUAUGUUCCGCUCUAAUGGCAACCGAGAAUCGAGACAAGUUCCUGAAAGGCGAAGGGCUCCAAUUGAUGAACUUGAUGCUUCGGGAGAAAAAGCUUUCCCGGAAUGGAUCACUGAAGGUGCUCGACCACGCCAUGUCCGGACCAGAUGGUCGCGAUAACUGUAACAAGUUUGUAGAUAUCCUUGGUUUGCGGACUAUUUUUCCCCUGUUUAUGAAAACGCCGAAGCGCAACAAGAAGCGUCUCUUGAGUACGGAUGAGCACGAAGAACAUGUCGUGUCAAUUGUGGCUUCGAUGCUGCGCAAUUGUAAAGGUGGCCAAAGGCAGAGAUUGUUGACCAAAUUCACCGAAAAUGAUUUCGAAAAGAUUGAACGGUUGAUGGAGCUGCAUUUCAAGUACCUGGAGAAAGUGGAAAUUGUAGAUCGUGAAGUUGAUCAACAAAUCAACGCUGGAGAAAUUGAUGAAGACGAAGAUGCCAUUUACGUGAAGCGACUUUCGGGAGGGCUCUUCACUCUACAGUUAAUUGAUUACAUCAUACUAGAAGUAAGCUCAACUGACGUGGUGAAGCAGCGAAUUCUACAAAUUUUGAAUUUGAGAAGUGCGUCUAUGAAAACCAUUCGGCAUGUCAUGCGAGAGUAUGCUGGUAACCUCGGCGAUGCCGGUGAUUCUGACUGGCGAGACCAAGAGCAAGCAUAUAUUAUCCAGUUAGUUGAUCGUUUCUAAACUAUAUUACAAAAAUGAAAUAAAGUAUUACAUUUCAAUAAGCUA